CGCACUGGUCCUGUUUGUCGGCACCGGAGAGGGGAGGAGGGACGGUCGAAGCCUGGACCCUGACCGAGCCGGAGCUGACCAGAGUGGAUUCGGACCCAGAACUGGGCUCCAGUCCCUGCGGACUUUAGGACGCUGGAGUGAAUGGAGGACGCCGAGCCCUGAAAUCAACGCCAGCCUCCCGGGCCUGGUGCGAGGCGCGCCGGCCAGGCAGGCAGGCAGACGUGCCGAAUCCGCCCAAGGCCUUUCCCCUGAUCCCCGGCGAGGGGCUCAGGCCCUGGGCCCGCGACCAGCCCCGGCUUGGCCCGUGGGGACCCCAACCGGAAGUGGAGCCUUCACCCGGGCGAUAGGCCAGCGACUAGGUCAGGCCCGGGCCUCCCGACGGGGCCGGACUGGAACGAGGCCCCGGGGAGGCCCCCUAGCCCACUAAUCCCUUGCCCAAGACCGACGCCGGCAGGGAAGAUGCAGCGCGCCCUGCCGGGUGCUCGCCAGCACUUGGGGGCCAUCCUGGCCAGCGCCAGCGUGGUGGUGAAGGCCCUGUGUGCGGCAGUACUAUUCCUCUACCUGCUGUCCUUCGCUGUGGACACGGGCUGCCUGGCGGUCACCCCAGGCUAUCUCUUUCCGCCCAAUUUCUGGAUCUGGACCCUGGCCACCCAUGGGUUGAUGGAGCAGCACGUGUGGGAUGUGGCCAUCAGCCUGGCCACAGUAGUUGUAGCGGGACGUUUGCUGGAGCCCCUUUGGGGGGCUUUGGAGCUGCUCAUCUUCUUUUCAGUGGUGAAUGUGUCUGUGGGGCUGCUGGGGGCCUUCGCCUACCUCCUCACCUACAUGGCUUCCUUCAACUUGGUCUACCUUUUCACAAUCCGCAUCCACGGCGCCCUGGGCUUCCUAGGUGGUGUCCUGGUGGCACUCAAACAAACUAUGGGGGAUUGUGUGGUCCUGCGAGUGCCCCAGGUACGCGUCAGCGUUGUGCCUAUGCUGCUGUUGGGGCUGUUGCUGUUGCUGCGGCUGGCCACGCUGCUCCAGAGCCCGGCACUGGCUUCCUACGGCUUCGGGCUGCUCUCCAGUUGGGUGUAUCUUCGCUUCUACCAGCGCCAUAGCCGAGGCCGAGGGGACAUGGCUGACCACUUUGCUUUCGCCACAUUCUUCCCUGAGAUCCUGCAGCCUGUGGUGGGGCUAUUGGCAAACUUGGUGCAUGGCCUCCUGGUGAAAGUAAAGAUAUGCCAGAAGACCGUGAAGCGCUAUGACGUGGGUGCCCCGUCCUCCAUCACCAUCAGCCUCCCAGGCACAGACCCUCAAGAUGCAGAGCGGAGAAGGCAACUGGCCCUAAAGGCCCUCAAUGAACGGCUAAAGAGAGUGGAGGACCAGUCUGUCUGGCCCAGCAUGGAUGACGAUGAAGAAGAAGCUGCGGCCAAGGUGGACAGUCCCCUGCCCACAGACAAGGCCCCCACACUCCCAGGAAAAGGGGCUCCCCCAGAAUCCAGCCUGAUCACCUUCGAGGCAGCUCCCCAAAAGCUGUAACUCCUGACCACCUUGAGUGUAGCACCUCCUCUCCCAAGGCCCCCUUGACACCCUCUCAGCUUCUCCAGGGCUUUGACCACUCUGAGGAGAGGGAAGAAGGCUUCUUGGGGGUUUCUACAGCCGUCUGCUAUUUCUCGCCAACACUACCCAGGACUGACUCUUGCUACCUGGAUCCAACUCCAGACAACCACUAUGCCAAGAAUGGAGCCUCUUGAGGCAUCAGCCAGCCAGGGCCAUUUGAGGUAAGGCUGCCUCAGCAAGCAGCCCCACGCAGGUGGCUGCAGGGACACUCGUGCCACAGCUGCCGGGCCAGCCUAAGACUGGUUGCUGAGAGCCCUGGGCCAAGGCAAGGAUUUGCCAAAAACAUUCUGGGGGGCCAGCCAGUGCAGGAGCCAGCACUGGGCUGUACAUCCCACCCAGCCCCAGAAGACUUUGUUCAUGUCAUGUUGAGAUCUCUGAUUCCCUGCGCUGUGGCCAUGGCUGCUUCAGCACAGAAGAGCCGCCGCAACCAGGUAUUUUCUACAGGACCACUUGAGUGGGCAGCCAAGCCCAGCCUCACAGUAUCAAUAAAGCAGUUCUUUGAGGUACGA